AUGUAUGUUUAUGCGGUUGUAGCAGUGUAUACAUUAUUGUCGUCAAGUUUCUGUAGUACUUCUGAGCAGUUGAGGCAACCGUUUGGUGUGUUGAAACGAUUGAGACGUCAAUAUGUAGUAAAUGCGUUAUCACCUGGUGCCUUUGGAUAUCUUCAACCGGUUCAAGAAGUUCUAUAUGAUUUUGACGGAAAAUAUACCAUUUUUCGACCGAGAAAACGAUGUGAUCCAGCUUACAGUGGUACCGAAUCAGUUACAAGUUAUAAAACAAAUUUUCGCGUCGAUCCUGCAGAUGGUUAUGAAUGUGUAUUUGUAACACCAAUCAGAUUUGAUAUUACAUAUUCGAUGCUACGACUGGGCGACUACUGCGAAAGAUUUGUCGAUUACGGUCCACUUCUGUUGGAUCUGCAUAAUGAAACUGAAAAAAAUUUUUAUAUCCGUAAGUUUUUAUUGGCAAAUGGCAGCAGAAAGAACAACUAUUUAAUUGACAAUUUAUCAGUAUCAAUAUUUUUGAUGUACUCAUAAUU